AGUUACGCGAUGACAUAUUGCGAUUAAUGAAGACUUCCGGAGCCCCCGGCAAGUGACCUGACCCGAGUUAGACUUUUGUUGCAUUUUAUCGAGUGUAAUCGAGGCUUAAUGGAACAGUCCAGUGCCCUACAAAUGGGUCGUACUUACAACUGCGCUCUAAUCGCUACAGUUUAAUGUAUAGGGAAAUACACUUUAGUAGGCCACCACUUGUUACGCAUUGUACUAGAAAACUUAUUAUUGGGGUAGUUGGCCAGUUGGGCAUCUAAAGAAAAGGUUUUGAUUAAUGGUUGAGUUGUUAGUUUCACAUUCAUCCGCAUUUCUAUUGAUUUGGAGACUCAGAGUGCAGUGACUUUUCAUCGCAGCGUGCAGCAAUCUUUAUCAAUAGAAUGUUGAAUCAAACGCCAGCGUCCCAGCCAUGUUUUAUGGUAAAAUUUUUUAAUUUUGAAAAAAAUAUUUGAAUCACACAGAUAAUCCUAAAUACUAUAAUUAUGAUGACUACAUCAAGUCAGUAAAGUCGCAGUAAACAGUGAACAGUGACGUCACUAGUCCGGGGCGAUUAUGUUCAUCAAACUGGCAACGUUGGUUUUGAGUUUCGGUUUGAAAUUUCUGUCAUUGCCAACGAAAAAGAAAACAAUGCUUUUCUUCUAUCGGUGAUCUUUUUUUCUAGAAAAUGGAGCGAAAUGUCGAUGCACUCUUAUUGAAUAACAUUGUCGACUCUUUGAGGUCUUCCGAUGUCGAUUCCAUAUCUUCUACGUGCGAGUUUUUAGAAACCGUCGUUAUCUAUGAUUUCCCAGCUGAGGCAUUUCUUCAACAGCGAGAGUUACUUGUUAGCCUUUUAAGGUUGUGUCAGGAUGGCAGCGCAGACAUUGCAAAUGUUGCUUGCAGCUGUUUUGAUUCAAUCUGCAAGAGGAUCAUUGCGCAAGUCAAGAGAAAGGAGAUGUCUUCCUGGAUGACUGUUGUGAAGCUUAUCACAGACAGCAGUUCAGCGAGAGGUCCAGGGGAUGGAAUUGAAGAUGGAAUCUUGACAGUAUCGAAUCUUGCAGUGAUGAUAGCAAAGGCAUGCCAUCAAAUGAUUCUAAAAUCAUCCAAACCGUUUGAUCACAUUCUCAAGCUGUUGAAUGCUGCGUCAGCACUUUCUGAAAUCAGCAAGUCAACAGCUGAAAAUCUGGAAUUCUAUCAGAUAUUGACCACCAUAUCUGCUGCCUUGCGAGUCUCUUCAAGGCAAAACUUUGCAACAUUUCUUCUCCUGAUGGUCAAGACUAUUCAGAGCUGUCCAAUUACCUCACUAAGCAGUGAUGUAGUCUAUGAAAUGUACAAUGGCCUCUUAGACGCUUCCAUAACCCAUUACCACCCAGAGUUGAUGGAAAUGUCAUUAGCGAUCUUACAAGAAAACCGGCCCUUGUACGAUAAAUAUGAAAAAAUCUCCAAUCUCUGCUUGGCCUUCCAGAACCUUGCGAAAUUUCUCAAAAACAGCGAUCAGGAAUACGAUUUGAUUCCUGUAAUUAACCUUUUGAGAUUGGAUGACGGUUUAACCCAUUCGCUGCUGCCGUGGGUCUUCAAACAUUUGAAAGAGUUUGGAGGAAAACCUGCUACUACCAUGACCCUCUUAUUGUUGUCUCAGCAAGAGCCUAUACUUGGACAAAUUUAUCAACUCUUGGCCGAACUGGCCUCUCCGAUGAAAUCUAUCAACAUCGGUCCCCAUAUUGGAGAUUUGUUCGUCGACGAAGCCGUCGUUCGUGCCAUCGCCAAGGGAAUGUGCUCUGAGAGCAAAGCGAUUGCGCCGAUUGCAGAGAAAAUUUUAGCGCUAAUCAUCAAAGGUCGAAUGUGGAUGAACGAUCAGCAAUGGCAGACUUUGAUAAGCGCCAUCAUUCCAAAGCUGGUGUUGGAUAUUGAUCCGAAAAUACCACAGUUGAAAACACUCGGGCCCCUUUUGUGGGAUUUAGUCAGCCAAUCGCUUUUCAUGCCAGAAGAUAACGUCACUUCUCCGCACCUGAAUCUGAAUUUCGUACUGAGAUUCCUGAUCCGCAAUCUGUCGAGCACACCAAUCUUGCGCGAUAAAGCCAGUCUCUGCCUCGUUUCCCUCUUGUGUCAGCAAAGACAAGCUAAUCAACUUCGCCCGCGAAUAUCCGCUAUCGAUCCCACUUGCCUAUCAGGAACUUUCGAAGGCGAUUUGACUCUUGUCAUUGAAAGCACAGCCAAAUUUGGGAUACCUACUUUGACGGAGACGAUGCAGGCUCUCAAAGGAGCUGAUUUGGCGAACUCCUGGACACACUUGACCAAACUGGCAAUUAUCCUCGAAGAUAAAGACCUCCAUCAAAUAUUCUUGGACAGUGGAGGAAUACCUAUACUCAUUGAUUUUCUUCAUAAAUCUUUACUCGUGUCGGAAAAUGAACCGUAUUUGUCGAUCAUGUCGGCCAUCGUCAAAACGUUCCUGUUUAUCGCUCACGUUAACCCGGCAGCGAAAAACGCCUUGGCUUGGGAUGACAGUUUCUUAAUGGACCUGCUGAGGGCCACUAUGAUGACACGAGAAGACAUUAUUGCUCGUCGUCAUAGUGUGGCACUUCUCCGGUUGCUGGCGACCGAAGAAAAUGUUCCACCUCCGGAUCCCGAAAUUCCUGAAUUUAUUGAUUCAGCUAGUUGGAAAGAAAUGUGGUCGAAAGCCGUUGUCAGGUGGUCAGCCAAGUUCGUUUUUAAUGCCGAAUUAUCUACGCCUCCGCUGGUUCAAAGCGUGCCAUCCUUUCUCAAACUUUCUCCAGAUGAGAUGGAAGUCGGGACUUCUGCCAACGACUGCGCCUUGGUCGAACGAGCUUUGAAUUGCAUAUGCAAUGCACAAGGUCAUCAAGAUGUAAGCCAGGCUCUGUCGCUUCUCCGAGAAGUUUUACAACGCGUCAAUCUACUCCCAGAAGUCUUCAACCUCGAAUGGCAGAAGAGCCUGGAGACCUUUUUCACCGUCCAUCCUGAAUCGAACAACGACGAACAAGUUUUCGUUUCGAUUCUCGAAAUGUUGAUGCUUUGCCUAGCCCAGCUGGAACACUUGGACGACGCCGAAGACUUUGCUUUAUUCGAUUGGCUGCGCUCAAUUAUGGUUGAUGAAAAACACGUAUUCUGGAUCCUAUUCCAGGAUCGGUGUCAACAAUUUAAUACCGCUGAGAAUUCCGGCCACUUGUUACCAACGCUUCUCCGUUUCGUUUCAACCACUAUCCGGCUGAUUGGAUCCCACACAGCUUCCGGAUCUCUUGCGCACAUACUGGCGAUCCUGUGUAAGACCUUCGAACAAGAUAACCAGUCGCAAGUCUACCAACUCAAUUCACUGAAGCUUAUCCUCGAAUGUACGGUGCACACAACAGCUGCCAUUCUCAAAUGGGAACCGGAUUCAAUGAGCCAAGCCGUCAUCGCCAGUUUACUCAAGCACGCCACGGCCACUCUGGUGUCAUUCAGCAGCAAGACUCACAGUAACAAAGGGCGAAGCGUAGUCCAAUGCUGUUCUCAGCUGAUUAACAUGUUGAUCGCGUUGAGUCAACACUGCAGCAGUAGCAGCGUUCCCUUGCCCGAUCAAGACUGGUUGGUGGUUUUACUCCGACAUCCUGAUCCGACAGUCAAAUCAGCCGGAAUCAACACCUGCACGCAGAUUUCACGCAAUAUUCACAUCACGGAUGAUGUGGCCCAAGCUGUUCUCUCGCUCCUUUUCGAUGCCGAUGAAAAUUGCAGUGUUGUUGAACAGGCUUGUCUCUUGUUGUCACAGCACCCUGCACGAAUGACGGAUCAGGCUGUCCGGCAGGUUGUUUUGAUUGCCUCAUCCCCCAGAGUUUGCUUAAACCAACCCUUUUUGCGAGCCCUUUUUCAGCUGCUGAUCAAUUGCACCCACGUCCAGUCUGCUUCCGCUCACAUAACGGCAAUUGUUAACGAUUUAAUACCAGUUCUCCCUUCUAUAUUGAACAGCAAAGACACCGAUCCCGAUGUCAAAGCGGCUGUCCAAUGUCUAUUGACUCGAAUAGCUCUUCUUCAACCCAAAGUGGCUAUCUGGCUCCUGAAUCAGUUCGAGUGCGUUACAACAGCUGUCCAAUCCUUGUUCUCCGACAACGAGAAUUUGGUGGGUGAAGCGGCUCUUUUCAUUACGUUCCUACUCCAGACUGAAGGGGAGCUGUCCAAUAAAGUCUUUCAAGUGGUUUCCCAUGCCGUCCCGCAAUUGUGGGACUUAAUUUUCUUUUUGAUCGAUCGCCCACUCACCAAUCUAGCUGCCCGUCAAGUUUUGCUCUUCAUCCAGACCGUCCUAACUGCCGCAGUGAAUUCUGAUAGGAAUUUACAGCUGGAUCCAAUUUACGUGGAGCAUUUCUGCCGCUGGCUGAUUCUCAAUCUUCCUUCGAAAAUCGACAAUUGCCUUCGUCAAAGUGUACUUCAAGUUUUGGGACUUAUCACACUUUGCUGCACGUCUCCGACUCAAGACUCCGUCAAAUUAACGGCCGAGUUUAUUAUGAAAGAACUGCAGUUGUGCUCUUCCCAUUGCAGCGAUAAAUACCUGGCGGUAUUGAUCCGUCUGGCCCAUAAUUUCGUGCUCCGUCACCCGGAAGCCGAACACGAAUUGCUUCAGCGAGGCAUUUUCGCUCCACUUAUUGAAAUUUGGAAAACGAGGACUAGCCGUGAAACCAUCGCUACCGUACUGCUCUACAUGGUUAAUUUUGAAAAGAUCCUCAUUGGCAGGGAAACCGUAAAAGAAGUUCGAGUAUUACUAAAACUUAUGAUGGAUUAUUUGGAAGAAAAGGAAGCUUUAGUAGCUCGCCAAACGACGCCAAUCAGUGACGAGGAUUGGAAUAUCAUCGAGGCUAUCCACGAGUUGCUUCUAGCUUCCGUUUCUUCUCUUGAAUGUCGUCGGAUCCUUGCCAAAUACAAGUACUGGAACAGUUUAGCUCAAACUUGGCAUCCGGUUUAUCUUAAAAGGAUCAUCAACCGUCAGCAGCACGGGGCUCUGACAACGCUAAUUCGUCUUCGAGCUCGCCUUCUCUCCGCUCUGACAGUCUUCCCGGAACCGUCUCUGCCGGAUUUGAUGGAUAGCAGAGUUGCCCAAACCCUUGUGGACGUGGUAUCACAUCCUUACGGCGCCGACAAGCACGCCCUAUCCAUUUUACGUAACAUGGCUUUCCACAACAUUUACAAAAGCCCUUUGUUAUCGGCCAGUAACGUUCUUCCUCUCUUUGUGCGCCUUUUAACGGGCAAUGCAGCCAACGGCGAUAUUGCUUCGUCUACAAUGGCCGUCACUGCCCUGAUCUCUUUGGCGUCCAACAACCAACGCGUUAAAAGCGACAUUCGUUCGAUGACGGAAGCCUGGUUCCAGCGAAACCCCUUGCUCAUUAAGAAAGACCCGACUAAAUUUCAAAGUUUAUGCCUUAAUUUGCAGAAAUUAAUCGAUGUGUGAAUUGUUUUUUAUUGUGGAUAUGAAUAUUUUGUUAAGUUAGAAUUACACCUGAUUGUCGUUUA